CUGCAAAUCACAAUUAUGUAUUUUGACAGCAAACUUUGUAGGCAGAUGUGCUCACUGGCCUACCUUCAGUAGGCUCUGGUCCGAACUUUUCCAUCAACACCAAAAACCUUCGAUCUUCAACACCAAGCAUAGCCAUUGAUGUCGAUAUGUCUUGCUAUUUUCGCCAGGAUUGCGAAAUCACUGUUCCUGAGUUCCGAACUAGUGACACACAGUCUGUUACAUACUAUGACAUAAAGAUUAAAGUUGGUCAGACAGAAUGGUUCGUGAGUCGUAGAUACAAAGAUUUCGACAAUCUCAAUGAGAAACUGAUCGAGGAAAUAAGCAUAUCGAAGAAGCUGCUGCCUCCGAAAAAGAUUGUCGGAAAUAAAAACCCAACAUUCCUUGAACAACGUCGAGUACAGCUGGAAAAAUAUCUAAAGGAGCUACUAGUUUUUUUUCGUAUACAAUUGCCAAGAGUGCUGGCUGAAUUUCUAGAGUUCAACCGAUAUGAUAUUGUUUACCUUUUGCAAGACUUAGCAUUGCUUUUUAACGAAAAUGGGGAAGCCAUACUAAGGACCAAAAAGGAAUUUCAUUUUUCAGCCUUGGAGGUUUAUGCGAUCAGUGAACGUUUGAACUUGCCUUGUCCCCCCGAAAGUAUAGAACACAGAGGAAAGUUCGACUUCUCACACGUUUUGGAUUUUUGCACGCAAUUAGAAGUCAUGCAAAUAACUCCUGUUAAAGGCAGUGAAGACUCCUAUGGCAACGACUACAACGCUGUCGAUGUCCCCAUAGGUCGUAGUAAUAUUAUUCCCAAAAAAUUAAAGUUCAACCUGAAUGCAUUUCGAAAUCUCAACUGCUUGAAAAUAUUCGCUAUUCCUUCGGAAAAUAUCAUUGACAUAGCAUUACUGAAACCUUCUCUGCAGAAAAUAUGUGUCCACAAUACCACUAUUACUUCCAUAAAUCAAGUGCUGCUGUGUGACGAUGUCCACAAGGACACCUCCAUUGAUGUACCCUCAACGGAAGAUGUAUCACUACUGAAGCGUUCGUCGCCCAGUGGAAAUAAUUCGUCUUCAUCACUGAUCAAGACGUCGAUUACGACGAAUCGGACGUGGCACAAUAUAACGGAACUCGAUUUUACCAGCAAUCUACUUACCCAAAUCGACGAAAGUAUUCGGACUGUGCCGCAAAUACGAAUAUUGAGUUUAGAACAAAAUCGCCUGCGUAAUAUUAAGAAUUUGGCCGAGCUUCCUCAUUUGCAGGCAUUGAAUUUAUCAAUUAACCUGAUAGCUGAUUGCAGUGACUGGCAUUUGGAACUGGGCAAUUUAGUUACUUUGAACUUAUCUCAGAACAAAUUGAAAUGCAUUAGAGGUCUCAGGAAACUCUUGUCACUAGUAAAUCUGGACAUUAGCUGUAAUCUUAUAGACUACCUGGAGGAGGUGGAUAACGUUGCAUCAUUACCAUUGCUGGAAACCUUGAGAUUAACAGGAAACCCAUUGGCUAGCAGUGUUGAUUACCGCCCAAGAGUGUUGUCCCGAUUUCAUGAUCGAGCAUCGGAAAUUGUAUUAGACAGUGAGAAAGGAACACAACAGGAAUUGGACACUGCCUUAGUUUUGUCAGCGAUCCUUAUCUCACAGCUGAAACAAAAAUCACAUCAGUAGUAGAAAAAUCAUAUCGAAUAAUUUGAUUAGUUCGGGUCAAAACAUUCAUUGAUGUGUUAACUUGUAAACAACCCUAUCUACGAAAAUAACCAAAUUAAGGAGGAUGGGUUGUGGUAUAUAAUGAGGAUUAUGUUUUAGUAUUUAUAU